AAGUUAGACUAAUCCGUUCUCUAUGCAGAAUCCUCAAGAACUGGAAAUAUCUCGUGAUCUCCUUCUCCAGUUGACAAAUCAAAUACAGUACAGUUAGUUCUUCAUUCAAUUUGAUCACAAUGGAGUUAACUAUUUCAUCGUCGCUCCGCUCUAACACUUAUACGCCGCUUCGUUUCUCCCGAAAAGCAUCGCUGUUUCCUAUUGGUUAUUCCCGAUGUCUAGGAUCGUUUCCUUCUAGGGCGCAGAAUACAGAGGCUUGCGAUGCUAGUGAUGGUCAUCAUGUGGAAAACGAUGGUUUUGUGCUAGAUGAUGUUCCUCAUUUGACCGAUUAUCUCCCUGAUCUCCCGACCUAUACGAAUCCCUUGAAAAGGACUCCGGCAUAUGCGAUAGUCAAGAAAACCUUUGUCAACCCGGAAGAUCUUGUAGCUCGAGAUAUUAUAGGUCAGAGAGGCAGUUCGAGAGGUGUACAUUUUAGACGUGCAGGGCCUAGAGAAAAGGUUUAUUUCACUCCUGAAGAAGUCCGCGCUUGCAUUGUAACAUGUGGUGGUCUUUGCCCAGGAAUCAAUACUGUUAUCCGUGAGAUCGUAUGUGGCUUAAAAAAUAUGUAUGGAGUAGAUGAUGUGCUUGGGAUUCAGGGAGGCUAUAGAGGAUUUUACUCCAAAAACACCAUGAAGUUGACACCAAAAAUUGUUAACGAUAUUCAUAAGCGAGGUGGUACCUUUCUUCAAACCUCUAGAGGAGGUCAUGAUACCAAGAAGAUUGUAGACAACAUUGAAGACCGUGGAAUAAAUCAGGUUUACAUAAUUGGAGGGGAUGGCACUCAAAAAGGUGCUGCUGCAAUUUUCAAGGAAGUUACAGAAAGGGGCCUUAAAGUGUCUGUAGCAGGGAUUCCCAAGACCAUUGAUAAUGACAUUGCUGUAAUAGACAAAUCCUUUGGCUUUGAUACUGCUGUUGAGGAAGCUCAGAGAGCAAUUAAUGCUGCACAUGUGGAGGCAGAAUGCAUGGAUAAUGGAGUAGGGAUAGUUAAGCUUAUGGGUCGACACAGUGGGUCCAUUGCUUUGUAUGCCACUUUGGCAAACCGAGAUGUGGACUGUUGCUUGAUUCCUGAGUCCCCCUUCUAUUUAGAAGGUCCAGACGGUCUAUUUCAAUAUAUUGAUCAAAGGCUUAAGGAAAAUGGGCAUGUGUUGAUUGUAUUGGCAGAAGGUGCCGGGCAGGAAUACGUUGCUCAGAGUGUGCAAGCUUUUGAUGGGAAAGAUGCAUCUGGAAACAGACUAUUACUAGAUGUUGGUCUGUGGUUAACACAAAAGGUUAAGGAUCAUUUUACAAAUGUUCAGAAGAUGACAAUUAAUAUGAAAUACAUAGACCCCACAUACAUGAUCCGAGCAAUCCCAAGUAAUGCAUCAGAUAACAUCUACUGCACACUUCUUUCACAAAGUGCUGUUCAUGGAGCAAUGGCAGGGUAUACAGGUUUCACUGUUGGACCUGUAAACAGCAGACAUGUUUAUAUCCCAAUAGAGCGUGUGACUGAGACUCAAAACAGGGUGAACUUGACAGACAGGAUCUGGGCUCGGCUUCUUGCGUCCACUAAUCAACCAACUUUCCUCCACAAGUGCGAGUCUAUUCGAGAAAGAGUUGAUAAGAAGACUAUGGAUGCUAUUAAUGACCAAAGGAUUACUUCUAUCUAGGUUGAUUCUUAAGCAGCUGCUGUGUGUAGUGAUUGAGAGGAGGUAUGGUUGUGCACAUGAAUUAGUUGAACAAGGCAUGUUCAAGAUCCACUUGAUGUCUGUUAAAUGAAUUUUAAAAUUUGUUCAAACUUGUUUAUUUUACUCGUAGUAAACAAGUGUACUGUUUAUUUUUGGUAAAUGUAUUCUUUUAAAUUGAAUGCAGACAACUACAAAGAGAGAAUGCAAAUUUUAAGUGAACCGAGUUUGAAGACUAUUCAAAGUUUGGUUUCUA